AAAAAACAAGGAAGAGAUGUGAACAAGGAAGUGAUCCAGGACCUUCAGAGGCAUGAGAUUCCUCCAGUAAAGCGCUUUUCUGCGGAUUGUGUGCGUCUCUUCUGAAGCGUGGUUGAACCGUAAUGGCUCCGAGCUUCCCGACGGUCGGUGCGGAGAGCCGGGAGGAGACCCACCGGACUUAAAGGGACGGACGGACGGGAGAGGAGCUGCUGUUUUGACAGCUGGGAUUAUCCUCCACUCUGUCUGCCUCAGAGAGACAAUCCGAACCGAACUGAGGUAAAAACUUCAAGCAGAGGAAUCCUCUUCAUGCUGAGGGGAACCUGAGGGGCUGACGGUAAAGAAAAGGUUCCCACCAUGGCUUCAGCCCGGCUGAAGUACCUCUCCCUGGGCGUGCUGGUAUUCCAGACCACCUCGCUGGUGCUCACGAUGCGGUACUCCCGGACCCUCCAGGCCGAGGGCCCGCGGUACCUGGCGUCCUCGGCUGUGGUGGUGGCUGAGGUCAUGAAGAUCCUCGCCUGUGUGCUGCUCGUUUUCAAGGAGCACAGUUACAGCAUGCGAGCUCUGAACAGCAUCCUGCGUCAGGAAAUCCUCCAUAAACCCGUGGAGACGCUGAAGCUGGCCAUCCCCUCGGGGAUCUACACGCUGCAGAACAACCUGCUGUACGUCGCCCUGUCCAACCUGGACGCCGCCACAUAUCAGGUGACGUACCAGCUGAAGAUCCUGACCACGGCCCUGUUCUCUGUUUCCAUGCUUGGCCGCAGGCUGGGGGUCUACCAGUGGCUCUCCUUGCUGAUCCUGAUGGCCGGAGUGGCUCUUGUGCAGUGGCCCUCCGAGUCUGCGGCGGCCCCAGAGAAGGAGGCCCGCUCCGCAGGCUCCCAGUUCGUCGGGGUCACGGCGGUCCUGGUGGCGUGCUGCUCCAGCGGCUUUGCCGGCGUCUACUUUGAGAAGAUCCUGAAGGAGAGCAAACAGAGCGUGUGGGUCCGCAACAUCCAGCUCGGAAUGUUCGGUCUUGUGUUUGGCCUCUUUGGCAUGCUAGCAUACGACGGGGAGCGGGUGAGAGAGUCUGGAAUGUUUCAGGGAUACAACACAAUCACCUGGACAGUCGUAGCCCUGCAGGCGCUGGGUGGUCUGGUCAUAGCAGCGGUCAUCAAGUAUGCGGACAACAUCCUAAAAGGUUUUGCUACGUCACUCUCCAUCAUCCUGUCCACUCUUAUAUCCUACUUCCUGCUACAGGACUUUGACCCCUCAAGUGUGUUCUUCCUCGGGGCAGUUUUGGUCAUCACUGCCACUUUCCUGUACGGCUACGAAGGCAAGCCGCCCGCCAACCCCAGCAGGGCAUAAGCUGACUCUGCGGUGGCUUCAGGAGGUCCAGUUGGAGCCUCAAGACGGCGGGGAGGAGAAAGGACAGACAAAAGCGCUAAGGGGACAGAAAAAAAGACGGAUGAAGGGGGAGGGGGAAGGUCUUCAUCACAUAUUGUGAGCAGAGGACAGAAAUGCAAGCAUAACACUGUGGUUGGUCUCACACCGAAAGUGCCUCACUUCUGAAGGAGAAGCGAUUUUAGGGGGGG